GAUUCAAACAUUUUAACCCCGCCUCUGCUGCUUGCUAUCGCGGAAACACGCACUAAAGAUCAGCCAAAACAAAAUGGGGGCAGUGUUGGACACUCCGACGAGGUGUCCCCUGUGCAACGAGCUGACAGCGGAGCCCGUCACCCUGAAAUGUAACCACCGCUUCUGUCAACGAUGUAUCGGAGACCUAUGGAGCGUCGCCCCGAACGGGCCGUACCACUGUCCGGAGUGGAGGUGUAAAACCGUGUACCACACUCUGCCGUUUGACAGCAGCUUGAUACGGCGCCCGCCAACCAACAACCGAGGUGCCCAGCCUCGCAGCACCGCAGACACACCCAGUAAUGAACAAAACACAUCUGACUCAACACUGAGGAGGCCCUCGCUCACCAGCCGACUUCUUGGGAAGAGAAAGGCCAGCACACCUAUACCAGAGCAACCGAACACAAAGCGAUCAACUGUGGAAUCUCCCCGUCAUCGGCCCAGCGACACCGAGACUCCCACCACUUCCAUCUCAGAUAAACCAGGGCAGUCGACUAGCGUGGGGACAUCCAAGAAAGCAGUGCAGCCAGAAUCUACUCAGUCUGCGCGUGGUGAUGGCGCAUCCUCCAGCAAAACUUCUGACAGCAAGGAAGUACCUGCAAGUGAUGUUCCACAUGUCAGCUCAGUCCAGCAGGACCAGCGUAAAUCCGAAGAAGUUGUCUCAUUAGUCGAGUCUGACAGCUCAGAUGAAGUAGAUAUAUGUGAUGCGCCCCCACUUGCAACCCCCAAGAAAGACACCCAAGUGACAGGAAUUCAUGCAUCGCCGCAGAAACCUGCCUCAUCUGCCAACUCCUUUCCUUGGGUCUCAACUCCAGGUAAAGAUAAGUCUCCCGUGCACAAUGUCAGCAAGUCUUCUCCGAUAUCCACCAAAACUCCUGCCACUGCUUCAGAAUCCCAGAGUCGUUUUGACACCUUCCCCAGGCUGGAGAGCAAAAACGCCAAACCUGUGCCCUGCCAUUACUGCCCUAAAACUCGGGCUAAUUCCGCUGUGAAGACCUGUCUGGUGUGUGGAGCGUCCAUGUGUACAGAGCAUCUGCGUCCCCACCUGGAGUCCCCUGUCUUCCAGAAUCACACCCUGGUUUCUCCUGUAGAGGACAUUUCCACAUGGAGGUGCCAGGAGCACCAGGAGGUAAACCGUAUCUACUGCCGUGAGUGUGGAGUGUGUGUGUGCACGGUGUGUACCGUCAUAGGCUCGCACCGCGACCACGUCUGCAUCAGCAUCAGGGAGGCAGAAAGAGAGCUCAGGGGGAACCUGAAAGAAGAGAUCAAGCAGCUGCAGGAGGCUGAACAGCAAGUGAAGAACAGAUUGACUGAAUUCACACAGAAGAAAGAGGCCUUCAGAGUUCUUUUAAGUGAGGCACGAGCAGGGGUGCAGCAGCAGUAUGCAGCCAUCAGAGAGGCCUUGGAGCAAGAGGAGCAGUCAGCUCUUCAGUGUGUUACGAAGGAGGAGAUCAGGGUUCUGGGGGGCCUGGAGGAGAAAGUCGGCCGCCUACGGGGCUCCAUGAAUUCCCUCCAGCAAGGCCUCCUCACCCUGGAAGGGUUGGCUGACACCAAGGCAGACAAACGCAUUCAGGAACAAGCUUUCAUUAUGGAAUACAGCAAGAUUGCCCAUCUGUCUAGUAACAUGGGCAACUGUGUGGGGCAGUUCGAGGCUCCAGAGGAACUGGAUCAAGCCCGGCUGAAAUAUCUGCAGAGGUGGACUGAGAAACGGCUGGACACAGUCGCCGCCAGUGAGCCAGGCAAAGACAUCGACGUCUACAGACUGCUGUAUGGUAGCAUCCCCGUCCUGGAUGCAGAUACAGCACAUCCCAAGCUGCAGCUGUCGGAUAACAACAGGAGGGUGACCUACAGCGAAGCUCAGCAGGCCUACACAGAACACGAGGCUCGCUUCAGCUCUUUCCCACAGGUCAUGGCCUCCUGUGCCCUGGAGGGGGGUCGCUGGUACUGGGAGGUGGACGUGUCUGUGGAUGAAGGCCGCUGGAAGGUGGGGGUGUGUGAGGGUCAGAUAGAGAGAAAAGGCCAAAAGGACAACUCUCGUCUGGGUUUCAACUCAUACUCCUGGUGCCUUGCCUGCGACAGAAGGAAGGUGGAGGCCCUGCAUAACAAGGUGACGGUGCCUGUGGAUGCAGAAGAUCUGCAGAGGGUUGGAGUGUUCCUCGACUUUGAAGGUGGCAUUUUAUCCUUCUUUAAUGUGACACCAGGGGGCAGUAUAGCUUUAAUGCAUUCCUACCGGCACAAGUUUACUGACCCUCUUUACCCGGCCUUGUCUGUGUCUAAAACACACCUGGCCAUCUGUGACUUGUUCCAGUCAUAAACCAUGCAAUGCUGGCAUGUCAGUACUGCUGCAAAAAUCUCCAGUAACAUGAAGUCACUGUGCCUUUUUUUUUUUUUUUUUUUUUUUUUUUUUUUUUUUUUUUAUGUUAAAACCAUAAUGUGACAUGCAAUGUACCAAUCUUGUAAAAUUAUCAGGGAUGACAGUUCUUUAUACAUAACCACUUCUACAUACUUUUGCAUUCAUAAAUGUGAUUUUUAUAUCAUAUAAUAGCACUGGAAUUGUAAAAUGCAAGAUAUGCUGAUUAUUACACAUGAUACAUGCAACAUUCCAAACAGUGAUAACAUAUUUUUGCAUCAGGAUUUUAACUUUUUUUUAUGUUUAGACAGUCAACAAAGUUUUAAAAACAUUUAUACGAGAGGCAAGUUAUCAGUGCAGAGCAAUAACAAAUUGAUUUGGUUCAUGUCUCCACUUUGAAUAUGUUCCAAAUGUUUUUGUUUUUUUAUAUCUCGCCUUUUACACUUGUCUUUUUAUUGAAAUAAAAUGUCAGUUUCAAAAGCAAA